AUGACUCCCGGCCUCGGCGCCUGGAACGACACGCGCGACCAUGACGUGCAGGACCUGUUCGGCGCCCGCCGCCCGCGCGACAUCACCAUCCAAGUCAUCCUCUCCAUCGCUCUUGGCGCCGGCGCCUUUCUGGCCUUCUGCAUCCUGCGCCCGCGCUGGGAGGGCCUGUACGCUGCCCGCAAGAAGCAGAACGACGAGGCCACCGCCCUGCCCGAGCUCCCGCGCUCGCUCUUUGGCUGGAUCCCCGCCCUAUGGAGGAUCACCGACCAGCAGGUGCUGGCCUCCGCCGGCCUCGAUGCCUAUGUCUUCCUAGCCUUUUUCAAGAUGGCCAUCAAGUUCCUCUCCAUCACACUGUUCUUCUCGGUCGUCAUCAUCAACCCCGUCCACACGCGCUUCCCCGACACGAGCAAGGGCAAGCUCAAGAAGAACGAGACCAUUGCCGGCGAUGAGCUGCGCCGCCGCAAUGGCCCCGUGCUGCUCGACUCCAACUGGCAUAUUUCCGACUCGUACUCCUACUGGGACUUCUCCCACACCGACUAUCUCUGGAUGUACCUCGUCUUCGCCUACCUCUUCACCGGCCUUGCCGCCUACAUGAUUGUUUCCGAGACCAGGCGCGUCAUCGAGAUCCGCCAGGAGUACCUUGGCAGCCAGACCACCGUCACUGACCGCACCAUCCGCCUCUCGGGCAUCCCGCCAGAGCUGCGCUCCGAGACCAAGAUCAAGGAGUUCGUCGAAGAGCUGGAAAUCGGCCGCGUUGAAAGCGUCACGCUCUGCCGGAACUGGAAAGCCCUCGAUGAUUUGAUGGAGAAGCGCAUGCUGACUUUGCGGAAGCUGGAGGAGGCUUGGACCGUCCAUUUGGGCCAGCGCCGCGUCGAGCGCAAUCUCGAGUCUCUGCCCAUUUCUCAGCCCUCUCCUCCCGAGCCCUAUGCCGAUGACAGUGAGCGCGCCCACCUUCUCGGGAACGGCCGCCUGCGCUUGCGCCGCUCUACCCCGCCCUACAAUCGUAGCCGGCCCUUGGUCAAGAUCUGGUAUGGCCGUUUCAAGGUGUGGUAUCGGAACGUCGACGCUAUCAAUUUCUACGAAGAGAAGCUGCGCCGCCUCGAUGAAGAGAUCAGGACGAUGCGCAGCAAGGAGUUUGAGCCAACCCCGCUCGCCUUUGUAACCAUGGACAGUGUUGCCAGUUGUCAAAUGGCAGUCCAGGCCGUCCUUGACCCGUCCCCGCUGCAGCUACUAGCGAACACUAGCCCCGCACCCUCAGACGUCGUCUGGCAAAACACGUAUAUGCCUCGCCGUGAAAGGAUGAUGCGGGCUUGGUCCAUCACCUUUCUCAUCGGGUUGCUCACCGUGCUGUGGACCUUGAUUCUCGUCCCCAUCGCCGGUUUCCUGAGUAUUGAUUCCAUAGACCGCGUGUUCCCCGGCUUCAAGGAUGCUGUCGAUAACCACAAGAACAUCAAGUCCAUUAUUGUCACUCAGCUCCCCACAUUACUCGUGUCUCUGUUGAACAUUGCCGUUCCGUAUCUUUACGACUGGCUCGCGAAUCACCAAGGAAUGAUUGGACAGGGUGAUGUCGAGCUCUCUGUCAUCUCCAAGAACUUCUUCUUCGUGUUCUUCAAUUUCUUCGUCGUCUUUACCAUCUUGGGUACGGCCUCAGGUUUCUGGGGCUUGCUUGAGAACAUUGGCGAGCAGCUGCGAGACGCCACCAAGAUCACCAACGCGCUCGCAUUGUCCCUGCAAGGUCUGCUCAACUUUUACACCAACUUCGUCAUCCUCCAAGGCAUCGGUCUUUUUCCGUUCCGUUUGCUGGAGUUCGGCUCCGUUGUUCUGUAUCCCAUCACCUUGAUGGGUGCCAAAACGCCGCGUGACUAUGCCGAGUUGGUCCAACCCCCGGUGUUCAGUUACGGCUUCUUCCUCCCUCAAACGAUUCUGAUCUUCAUCAUUUGCACUGUCUACAGUGUUCUCCGCUCGUCUUGGAUGGUCCUCCUCGCCGGUCUGAUAUACUUCGUCAUUGGUCAUUUUGUGCACAAAUACCAGUUGCUCUACGCCAUGGACCAUCGUCAACACUCAACGGGCCGAGGCUGGACUAUGAUUUGCGACCGAGUCAUUGUGGGCUUGAUUCUGUUCCAACUUACAAUGGCAGGUCAGUUGGCUUUGAAGGGUGCUUUUUGGCGAGCUGCUCUUCUCGUUCCCUUGGUCAUGGCUACCCUCUGGUUCUGGCACGUCUUUACGUACUCCUAUAAGCCACUCAUGCGCUUCAUCGCGUUGAAAAGCUUGCGCAGAGCAGAGCGCUCCGAUCUGAUCACUCCCCAGGCCGAUCAGCCCACUAUUGAUGAAGAGCGUGAAAGAGGCCAGCAUUAUGUCAAUCCGAACCUUGUCAUGCCCCUGGAAGAUGUGUGGAUCGCAGACAAGACUGCAAGGGCUCUGAUCAAUGGCCAAGAGAAUUCUGCUGAAAUCGCCACCGAAGAACCCCCCAGAAGACGCUUCCGCCGGCUCUUCCGCCGCAAUCGAAGUGGCUAG